UGUCCUCUCAGAGCAGCAUGUCGUAUCCACAGAGUCCCAAACACAGAGGAGUCCAAAGAGAAGUUCUGAAGUGGCUGCAAAGCCUCGAGCUGUCGUUCUAUCCAAACAACGUGCGCAGGGAUUUUUCCAACGGUUACCUUGUGGCCGAGAUAUUCUCCUGUUAUUACCCCCGAGACUUUCCGGUGCAUUCAUACGAUAAAGGAACGUCUCUUUGUGUCAAACGGAGGAACUGGAGCCAGAUAGAGAGGUCUUUACAGAGGCAGAGUCUGCACCUGAUGAAAGAGGUCAUUGAUGGAACCAUCCACUGUAAACCAGGAGCCGCUGAGCUGCUGGUGCAACACAUUUAUACUAUUUUAACCCAGAGGAGCAUUAGAAAUGUCCAGAGCCCAGAGACUUCAGACUUCACUGACAGAGAGUACCAGGGUCUCCUGCCCACACUGGCCCGCUCCACAGCCUCGCAGGCCAUCAAGAACAACCUGAGGACGACGGAGAUCAUGGCUGAGCCCGACAUCACCACGAACCAGAGGAAGGCAGAGAGCAUCCUCCACAUGCAUCUGCAGCACAAAUCUGAGGAGAGGGCUCUGAACCCGGGCCGGUUUCAAGUCAAACCAAAUCUGGGUCACCUGGCAGCGAGGACUUCUGUCCCAGCCGGCCGCGGUGAUGUGCGCUCUGACAGCCGUUCAUCCAGAGACGUUACAUCAAAGUCGUGUUCCUCGUCAACCUGGACCGGAGCGGUCGUUUCCUUUAAGGAGAUAAAAGUGUGCCAGCCUGUCACACGCUCCCUUGUUCACUACUAA